GCCUUUCCUAAAGGGCAAGGCUAAGAAGCAUCCUGAAUCGGGGCUGGCAGAGGGUUAUUAAGGCUGGAGUGGAAGGAUGUCCAGGGUAUUGGGGUCAGGGUGGCAUUAGCCCUGUUGAAGCCAGGCUGGGCUGACUCAGCAUCCUGCCUGCUCUAGCCAACCCCAAGCCCCGACGGCUCCUCACUCCUUUGGGCAGAGAUGGGAGAUGGCGCCGGUGCUGCCCGUGGUGCUGCUCCUCCAACCCCGUAUCCGUUUGGCACAGGGGACCUGGCUCCUCUCCUGGCUACUGGCACUAGCCGGUGGCCUCACCCUCCUCUGUAGCGGGCACCUCCUGGUACAGCUGUGGCACCUUGGCACCUUCCUGGCUCCCUCUUGUUCAUUCCCUGCCCUGCCCCAGACUGCCCUGGCGGCAGGAGCAGUGGCAUUAGGCACAGGGCUAGGAGGUGCAGGAGCCAGCCGGGCGAGCCUGGAUGCAGCUCAAUACCCUCCCUGGCGAGGGGUCCUGACUCCACUGCUAGUGGUUGGCACUGCUGCAGGCGGGGGGCUGCUGACCCUUGGUCUGGGGCUAGCCCUGGCUUUGCCUGUAAGUCUCCACCAGGGACUGGAAGAGGGCCUGGAGGCUGCCUUGGCUCACUACAAGGACACAGAGGUGCCUGGACACUGUCAGGCCAAACGACUGAUGGAUGAAUUGCAGCUGAGGUACCAUUGCUGUGGGCGCCAUGGCUACAAGGAUUGGUUUGGUGUUCAGUGGGUCAGCAGCCGUUACCUGGACCCCAAUGACCAAGAUGUGGUUGACCGGAUCCAGAGCAACGUGGAAGGUUUAUAUCUGAUUGAUGGAGUGCCCUUCUCCUGUUGUAACCCCCACUCACCCCGGCCCUGCCUGCAAAGCCAGCUCUCAGACCCCUAUGCCCAUCCACUCUUCGAUCCUCGGCAGCCCAACCUAAACCUGUGGGCCCAAGGGUGCCACGAAGUGCUCGUGGGGCACCUGCAGGGUUUGUCGGGCACACUGGGAAGUAUUCUGGCUGUCACCUUAUUGCUGCAGGUUCUUGUGCUCCUUGGUUUGCGGUAUUUGCAGACAGCGCUGGAGGGCCUUGGAGGAGUCAUUGAUGGGGAAGGAGAGACCCAGGGCUAUCUUUUUCCUGGUGGGCUGAAAGACAUACUGCAAACUGCAUGGCUACAGGGAGGGCUUGCCCACAAGCCAGCACCUGAGGAGGCCCCACCAGAUGAGGAACCUCCCAAGGAAGUUCUAGCUGAGGCCUAGAAACCUGAAGGGGUCGUCGGGGUGGGAAGGGGAAAGAUGGACAAAUAUGGAGAACUCAGAAUCCUUUACUCAGGCUCAGGGAAAGAGUGGUUCCUGGGAUUACAGGAGUUAGAGCAAUCAGAGCUGGACUGUGAUGAGGUCCAGUGUCCUGGAGCCCAGCCGUUGCGGUCAAAACCACCAAGGCUGAGAACAGAUGAGGGCGAGAGGGAAGUGACAGCCAACGGACUGAAGACUCUUUCUAGUAUUCAGACUCUACAAUAAAGUUUGUGGACAGAAGUCACUGCUCUCUCUCUUGUCAAGGGGAAGGGGGCCAGAAGGACUGUGCAGAGGAGGAGCCCAGCCUGUCCUGUGUAGGAACAGGCGCCCGGUCUCUUGAGAUCAGAGAGCAAGCAAGCAGGUUUGCCAAGUGAGGGGAACCAUGAAGCCCCUCUGGGUUGAGAUUCUUUAUUCUAGAGGUAGGAAGGGGAUCAGCAUGCUCAGGUGGGGAGGGUCCAGCCCAGCUCCUCUAGCCCCCCACUGCAUGCUUGUCCCCAAUAAGUUACCCUCCCUCCUGAGUCCAUCUGUCCUGCUCCACCCCAGCUGGGGCUGACCUGGCUCACUACAGAAGCUGCUUGUCCCCAGCCUGUGGGCAGUGCCACAUGGCAGGCUGGAAGAAGGCAGAGAAGCAACUGGGCCACACCCUGUGGUUGGAGGGGCUGCCUCUGGUUCUGAGGGAUCAGGUCUUAAAAAAAAAAA